AUGCAGAGCUGCUUCAAAAUUUGUAGAUGCGCGGAAGAUCAAAAGGUGACUUAUGCUGCUACAACCUUUGUGGACUAUGCAUUGCAUUGGUGGGAGUCUGAGUGUGCAAUCAGAGGUGAUGAGGAUAUUGUUGCCAUGACUUGGGAACAAAUGAAAAAGACGAUGAUGAAUAAGUACUGCUCGCGAACGGAGGUGAACAAGCUAGAAUCCGAAUUUCUGAGAUUAAAGCAAGGAUCGUUGUCAGUUCAAGAAUAUGUUAACGAGUUUCUUGAAAAAGCAAGGUUCGCUAGUUACCAGGUGGCUACCGAGGAGAGAAAGAUAGGUCGUUUCAAGGACGGCCUAAGAAUCGAAAUCAAACGUUACGUGGACAUGACUAAGCCGACCGCAUUCGUACAAGCAGUGGAGAUGGCAAAGGUGGCAGAGGAGAACAACGCUAGAGAGACUGGUGAUAGAAGAGAAGCAAAGAGAAGGUGGGAAGGAUUGAGCAAGUUCAACAAGAAAUCCAAAUGGACUCCGACUCUGGCAAAAACACGAAGUGAGGAAUUCACUAUCCCUUCAUCUAACAAAUGCAACAAGAGGUAUAGGGGAGAGUGCAGAGUGGGGAGCCUGAUGUGCUAUAAAUGUGACAAACCGGGGCACACCGCACUAGAGUGCCCGAAAAGAAGGACUUGUUAUGAAUGUGGGGCUACGGGACAUUUGUGCCCUGACUGUCCAAAACGUCGCAAUGGUGCGACACCCUACGGGAAGAUAGUGAAUAACGGAUUCGGGAAGAGAGCAGAAAAUAGGAAGGAGCUACUUAAGGGACACGGCCGAGCUUACAACAUGACUUUGGAGGAGGCCAGGGAAACACCCGACGUCGUAUCUGGUAUGUUCCCUAUCAACAAUGUGUAUGCACAUGUGUUAUCUGAUUCGGGUGCGAAUGGUAGUUUUGUGUCUACUACCUUCUGCCACUAUCUGAAUAGGAGUGCCUGUAGACUAGACAAAACCUACACUGUAGAAACAGCCGACGGUAGUCAGUGUAAGGUAGACGAAGUAUUUGAUGAAUGCAUGAUUGUUAUAGAUGGGAAGGAUUUCCUUGUUAGGCUUAUGCCAAUGUGCCUAGGAGGUUUUGACGUAGUCUUGGGGAUGGAUUGGCUGUCCAACAAUCAUGCGCAAAUACUAUGCAAUAAAAAGAUGAUAAAUAUUCAAACUCCGGAAGGAGAAACGAUCCAGGUUUACGGUGAUCGAAAGAAGGGUGGCGUAGGGUUGAUCAAUGCAAUUAAGGCGAAUAAGUGUCUGCGGAAUGGUUGUGUGGCUUACUUGGCAUACACCAUCGACGCCAAGCUCGAAAAGAAGGCCAUACAUGAUGUACCAGUGGUGAAGGAUUACCCAGAAGUAUUUCCGGAUGAAUUACCGGGAAUACCACCGAAACUUCAGGUAGAGUUCCGAAUCGAUUUGGUACCAGGUGCGGUACCAAUCGCAAGGGCACCUUAUCGCUUAGCCCCAACAGAGAUGCAAGAGCUAAUAAAGCAAUUGCAAGAACUCUUAGAUAAAGGAUAUCCAUUGCCAAGGAUCGACGAACUUUUCGAUCAGUUGCAAGGAGUCAGCUGUUUCUCGAAAAUCGAUUUGAGAUCAGGUUACCAUCAGUUGAAGGUUCGAGAAGAGGAAUUGUCAAAGACCAUUUUUAGGACUCGAUACGGACAUUACGAAUUUGUAGUAAUGUCGUUUGGGUUAACAAACGCACCUGCGGCAUUCAUGGACUUGAUGAAUCGAGUUUAUGGACCGUAUUUGGAUCAAUUUGUCAUAGUCUUUAUAGAUGACAUUUUGAUCUAUUCGAAAAGUAAAGAGGAGCAUGAACAACACUUUAGGAUGAUUCUUGAAUUAUUAGCAAAAGAGCAAUUGUACGCCAAUUUCUCAAAAUGUGAAUUUUGA